AUGUGUUUCGAAACGAUGGAAAGCGAACGAUAUGUGCGGUGGAAUCCGCCAUCUCGGGGGGGCAUUUCCAACAUUGCACCUCUGUCAAAGCGUCUUUGGCGGCUCGUCAAAAGAAUAUUUCCUCCCAUUGACUUACACAGAAAACGAGAAGAGGGGCUGGACCACCUACGCAAGAAGCCAUGGGCUGCUGAUGCAAAUGCUAAUGAUACGACACGACCUGCAGGAGCCGAAGAUAGACACUCUAUACAAGUAAACGUAGUGAAUCACUUGUUUUUGGCUCAGUUCAACUUCCCAGGAAUGGAUCUGACGACUCUUGCCGUAUAUGGCACAAAAGGCAUCGUACUGGACACAAAGAAGCUGGACAUGAAGAAGCUGGGCAAGCCGAGGGAGGCGUUAUCUUCGCACCCGCCUUUCGCCAUAAGACGGCCACAACCCGAGAGCAAGAAUCGUCGCAAAUACAACGUGACGAGACCUGAUCCUGAUGCGACUCCAACAGAACACGGGCAAAAGCUCGUGAUGCGUAGGGUGCAGGGCCAAUCACGUCAGCGUCGACGUGCAGUUUGA